AUGAAUCCAUCUCUGAAGAGAAUCAGCAUCAUCUCAGCUUUACUCUUAAUUGCAGUGUCUCUAUGUUGUGGUAAACUGACCUGCAAAGAGGGACACAGCGGUCCGACCCAUGAGUCCAUGCAGGCUGUGUUUGACCUGAAGUCCUUCAGGCCAGCAGUGAACCUCAGCAACCCCACCAUAAGUAACAUCUCCUUCACCCUGUAUGCUGUGCUGGGGGUGAAUGAGAAAACCCAAAUACUCACUACCUUCUUGUGGCUGAGACAGUACUGGAGACAUGAGUUUCUGGUUUGGGACCCUGAUGAGUGUGACGGCAUCACCAGGAUUUCUCUCCCCGCAGCGCAGCUCUGGUCUCCAGACAUCAUCGUUUAUGAGUUUGUGGAUGACGAUGUUUCCCAAGCGUGUCCUUACGUCUACGUCAACCACACCGGUCACAUCCGCUGGGACAGGAUGCUUCGGCUCGUCUCAUCCUGCAACCUGCAGAUCUUCAGUUUUCCUUUUGAUGUGCAGAAUUGCUCAUUUACAUUUGGCUCCUACAUGCACACUAUAAGGGAUGUGAGGUUGGCUCCAGCUUUGACCUUUGAGGAAAUGUCUGGAAAUUCAAAGCGCUACCUGGAAGCCAGCGGAGAGUGGGAGCUAGUAGACAUCCUGGGAGAGACAUCCAUCCUCAAGUUUGGGAUCGACCAGUGGGACAUCAUCACCAUCUGGGUGGUCAUAAAGCGGCGGCCGGUCCUCUACGUGGUCAACCUGCUGAUCCCCAGCUCCUUCCUCAUGCUCAUCGACAUCAUGUCCUUCUACCUGCCCCCGCACAGUGUGGAUCGCGCCUCCUUCAAGAUGACCCUCAUCCUGGGCUACACCGUCUUCCUGCUCAUCAUGAACGACCUGCUGCCCAGCACAGCCAACGGCACGCCCAUCAUAGGUAUCUAUUUCUCGGUGUGUCUGGCCCUCAUGGUCAUCAGUCUACUGGAGACGGUCAUCAUUACCAAUGUCCUCCACCACAGCUCCAUGAAAUCUAAAGAAGUCCCAAACUGGGUGAGAGUGGUUGUCCUCAAACACAUAGCCAACCUCAUCUGCUACAAAUGGCCAAAGGACGUCCAGCCACCCUCUGAACCACAGGAAGACAAACCUCAAAGUUCAAAUAGCAACUCGGAGUCAUGGAACAUCCAACCAGCCAUCCAGACACCUGCCACGCACCCAAACACCAACGAAGGUAAUCAAACUCUGUCCAUUCCUGAACUGAAACAGAUCUGUCAAUAUCUGGGAGACCUUCGUGCCCAUCUCAUCUCGCUGCAGAAGGAGAACGAGCUGACGAACCAGUGGUGCCAAGUAGGAUACGUCCUUGACUUUUUGCUCUUCCGCGUCUAUCUGCUGCUCAUUUCAUGUUAUGCGAUGGUCAUCAUCUGCAUGUGGUGUGUCUGGAUCAGCCAGACCUAA